AGGGGUUUUCCAUUUCUUCUUCAGCUCCAUCUCUGCAACCUUCGUCCUCGUGGCCUCCUCCAUCCCUCCCCAAAUUCUGUAGAACAUUCAAGGGAAAGAAAAGUUUUGAAAUUCACUCAAUUCUUUACUUAGAGCUUUUCAAGUUAAGUAGAGGAAGAAUGGCUGCUGCUUUGGUUUCUAAAUGCUCCCGGGUGGGUCGCUCGUUGUUGGGAGGGCUUGGCAACAAUACUUCUGGUUUAUUGAGCACAUCGAAUGAGAUUAUGAGCAACAAUUUCUUGUCUCAGCAGCAAAGGACUUUCAUACAGAUGAGGACUGUCCUCAAAGUUGUGGAUAAUUCAGGGGCUAAAAAGGUCAUGUGCAUUCAAUCUCUUAAAGGGAAAAAAGGAGCAAGGUUGGGGGACACUAUUGUUGCAUCUGUAAAGGAAGCUAUGCCCAAUGGAAAAGUGAAGAAAGGAAAGGUUGUGUAUGGUGUGGUUGUGCGGGCUGCCAUGCAGCGGGGCCGGGUUGAUGGGAGUGAGGUCAAGUUUGAUGACAAUGCAGUUGUACUUGUUGAUAAGCAAGGCCAACCAAUUGGAACUAGAGUUUUUGGGCCGGUGCCCCAUGAGCUGAGAAAGAAACAUGUCAAGAUUCUUACUCUGGCGCAGCAUAUUGCCUGAAGCUGAAGACUGAGGUUUAAUGGAGGAAGAAUUGGAAUAUCAGAUGAUGACAAACCUUGAACAUCUUUUGGAAGGAGAGUUAGGAUGCUGAUUUGUUAGCAAGGGAAAGUCGCUUAGAGCCCUACAUUUUUAAAAUUUUGCGACUUGAUGGUAAUAGUUCAGUGUUUUAAUCUUAAUUCUGACUGGUACUUCUUCUCACAAAUAUUUUCUCUUCAUCAUAUUUUAAGUUCCAAUCCAAAUUGAACUGCAAGUUCAAUGUGUAAUUCAUGCAUAUUAAGAACUGUACAACAAAAUUUAUGUUUCUUGAAGAAAAUAAUUUGUACACU